UCUAAACGUGGGGAAAGAUGAAUUGAAGAACUGUAAUUUACUCGCGAGCCAAACCGUCUUUACAUUUAUCUGAAUAUGAAUUAAAUCUUCUACCGAUGCAUCUACAUAAAAUCGUAUAAUACGCAGGACGCUUAUUUUUCUUUCAUGUAAGAUUGAAAUGAAGAAUGGCUUACAAAAGACAAUAUAUGAUCAAGACUAGACAGAGCAGCAGACAAAAAAAAGUCGCCAAACAGCACAAUAGCAAUGCUUAGAGUGUGCGAUCAAAUGAGCUUAUGAAUUUAAUCUGUCAGUCUGUAUUUUCACUUGCUUUCUACAUUGAAGGCCUUGGUUGUGUGAGAUUAUAGGACUAUGGAAGAGACAGAAGAGAAGCAACAGGAGGCAAGGCCCCCUAGAUACAAAGGCAAACAUGAUAAGCCCAAGCCAUGGGAUACCCCCGACAUUGACCAUUGGAAAGUUGAUAAAUUUGACCCUUCCUGGAAUGAAGCUGGCAUGCUUGAAGUCAGCUCCUUCUCCACCCUCUUUCCCCAAUACAGAGAAAAAUACUUGCAAGACGCAUGGCCUGUUGUGACACGGGCUUUGAAGGAACAUGGCAUAGCUUGUGAACUGAAUCUUGUUGAGGGAACAAUGACUGUUUCAACAACUCGCAAGACUCGGGAUCCAUACAUUAUUGUCAAAGCCCGUGACCUUAUAAAACUUUUGUCAAGGAGUGUACCUGCACCACAAGCAAUUAAGAUACUAGAUGAUGAGAUGCAGUGUGAUAUUGUCAAAAUUGGUAGCAUCAUCCGAAAUAAGGAAAGAUUUGUUAAACGUCGGCAACGCCUCUUGGGUCCUAAUGGUUCAACACUCAAGGCUAUUGAGCUCUUGACAGGUUGCUAUGUUCUUGUUCAGGGAAACACUGUUGCAGCUAUGGGAUCAUUUAAGGGAUUGAAACAAGUCCGCAGAAUUGUUGAAGAUUGCAUUCGUAAUAUACAUCCUAUUUAUCAUAUCAAGGAACUCAUGAUCAAGCGGGAACUUGCCAAGAACGCAGAGCUUGCAGGAGAGAAUUGGGAUAGGUUUCUGCCUAAGUUUAAGAAGAGAAAUGUAAAGCAAAGGAAGGUGAAGCAAAAAGAGAAGAAGCCUUACACGCCAUUCCCUCCACCACAGCAACCUAGCAAGAUUGACUUACAACUAGAAAGUGGAGAAUAUUUUUUGAGUGAAGAAAGAAAAGCUGCAAAGAAGUGGCAUGAGAAGCAAGAAAAACAAUCAGAGAAGACAGCAGAAAACAAGAGAAAGAGGGAGGCAGCAUUUGUCCCUCCAAAGGAGCCAAGCAGUUCAAAAGCAUUGCUUUCCGAUGCCAAUAAAUCUGCUAAGAUUUCAAAGGAAGAAAUGGAAGCCAUUACAGCAUCUGUAAAGAAAAAGGCCAAAGACCUUGGUAAGAAUCAAAAUGCUGUUGAUACUGGGCCAGAGUCGUACAUUGCAGCUCCUCUACAAUCUGUUCAGCUUGCUAAUGGCGAAGGACAGAAAAAGCACAAGAAAAAGAAGAGGAAGACAAAUCUCCCUGAAUCUUGAGACAAAGUAUGUGUUUGAUGAGUUAAUGUGCUGUAUUUUGUUUAUAUAGGGCCUAUGGUUUGUCUUGUGCAAUUCUUUGAAAUGGUCUGUGAUACUUGCUGAGAUAUGAAACCAAAAUCAAAUUCAUAUUUUUGGGGAUAUAUUUCUGUUUCUUUGGUAAGAAUGCAGUAAUUGAUAGAACACCCAUUUGGUUUUACAUAUAUAAUCUCAAGUGAGGGUCCCUUA